AGAGUUUGCGCUGGUUGUUCCGUUGGAUCAAUCUACCCGCUCAUUUAAAAUUCGAAAUUCAAAAAGAGAGAAACAAUAGUGAAGAAAGUAGAAGAAGAAUCCUCCUUCCAUUUUCAAAUGAAUCAAAGCAUGGAAGAAGAUAACGAACUUCCAUGUCCUUCACCCUAUCCUUCUUCUUCACUUCUCAAAGACAUUUCCAAUUUCAAAACCCCUAAUCGUCCCUCUUCUUUCUCUCUCAACCAUCAAUCUCCAUUCACACAAUACUUCACCGCUUCCAAAUCCAAACACACCACCACACUCCUCCGUCGUCCCAAAAAUUCAUCAGCUACAGCAGCCACUAAAAAGCUCAAAGCAUUUCAACUUGAACACUCUCACACUUCUAGAAUCGCCCAAAUCAAAAAACAACAAACCAUAAAAUCCCUAGCCAAGUCCCUCACCGUUUGGCUCAACUUCCUUCUUGAAUCUCCUGCUUCUUGCGGUUGCGACCUUUCCAUCGCCGGCGUUCAGAUCGCCGACGCUUCUCCGGCGAUUAAGGGGAAACGUGAUAAUGCCCCGAGGAUUUCGGUUGGUGUUGAUUCGGCAUGGCGAACUCCCAAACGCCAAAGGAAGUUAUGUUUGUCGCGCGUUGGUAAGGAAAAUGCAUCUGCGGCAGAGUUGCAUAAUUCUUCGUUUUCUCGGUUGAAGGAUUCUCUUAAGGAUGUGUGCAGUUUCGAUGAUUUGAAGCAGCGUAUGAGUGUUUAUUUGAGCCUUGGAAUUUGUGAUGACAUCUUCCAAGUCAUGACUCAUGUCACCAAGACAAUUGAUGAAGGAAGGCUAAAUUUGAAGGCUCACUGUCCUAUGGUGACCGAUUUAGGGUUGAAGGAUAAGGCCAUUAAAAUCCUUAUUUGUUAUAAUCCAAAUUGGCUGCGAAUUGGAUUAUAUAUAAUUUUUGGUGGGGAAUCAUUGGUGUCCAAUGGGGAUGGUGAUUCUGAUCAAGAUGUCAUAUUUUUGAAAAUGGUCAUUGAAAAGCUAUUUUUUACACAUGAGGGUUUAGCAAAGAUGUAUGCAUAUAACAAGAUGGUUGAAGGAGUUUAUAGGUCUGGUUACUAUGAGAAUUUGGGGAAUGUGAUUUUGAAGAGGAUAUUAUUGCUUGUGCUUAUACUUGAUAAAGCUAAAUGUCAAAGUUUCCUCCCGAUUGAAUAUGGUAUUGAUGGAUUGGAUGGUGGUUCCCCUUUGUUAUUCAAAACAGAAUCCUGGAUUAAAUCAAGUAGUCAAGUGAUCCAGGAAUUUCUGUCAUCUGAUGUAAUGCGCGGAGAAGGCAAUCUUCUAACACAUUUGGUUAUUUUAGGUUACAAAGUAUCUCACCAACAGGGGCUUCUUGUUGAGUAUGAUUUCCAGAUCAGAGAUUUAUUUACAGAUCUCCAAGACGGACUAAAACUGUGUAGAGUUAUUCAUCUCUUGCAGCAUAAUUCUUCUAUCCUCAAGAAAAUUGUAGUUCCUUCUGACACUCGUAAGAAAAAUUUGGCAAACUGUGGUGUUGCCCUGCAAUAUCUUAGACAAGCUGGGGUCUCCCUAAUUGAUGAAGAGGACACAAUGAUUGUAACAGAAGAUAUUAUUAAUGGAGACAAAGAACUUACAGUUUCUUUGCUCUGGAAUAUGUUUGUUCAUUUGCAGCUACCUUUGUUGGUUGAUAAAACAAGUUUAGUUGGGGAAAUUUCUAAGAUUCAAGGACUUGGCACGGAUCUGAUAAGUGGUGCCCAUUCUAGUUCAUUGGAAUUGCUUUUGAAAUGGAUUCAGGCUGUUUGUGACAAUUAUAACUGCCGAGUUGACAGUUUCCAUUCCCUUGUUGAUGGCAAAGCAAUCUGGUGCUUACUUGAUUAUUACUUCCAGAAGGAACUUCACAAUGUCUGUUUGUUGAAGGAAGUUUAUGAAAAAAGUCACAAGGCAUCAAUUAUGUCAGUUAAUGAAUAUUCAGAUGCACUGUACAAUUUCAUAUUAUCCCAGAAAUUGACCACAUUACUGGGGAAUUUUCCUGAGGUACUUCAAAUAAGUGAGCUACUUCAAUAUAAUGGCGCGUGCAGUGAUCGAAGUGUGGUGAUAUUGGUUGUUUUCCUUGCUAGCCAAUUAUUUGUCAAGAAAAAAGUGGAUCACUUAAAUUUUCAUAAGCUAUUGGAUUAUGACUACCAUACCACAAAUCGUAGGAAUUUGAAGACAGUACAGUGCCAUUCCAGUUCUGAAUCAACACAAAAUCCUUAUGCUUCGGAUGCGUGUAACAAUGAAGAUGCUGCAAGAAAAUUCAAGGCCAUCCAGACUUGGUGGCAAGAAAUGGCUGAUCGAAACUGUACUAUGCAGCCAGCUGUCUCUACUUUGCAGAUUUCUAGGACCACUGAAUGCCACAUUGACAUUAAAAGAGAAAAUGCUGCAAGAACAAUACAAUCACAUAUUAGAGGAUUGGUUGUACGGCGCAAGUUUCUCAAGAUGGUAAAUGCUGUUACCCUUUUGAAGACUGUUGUAAGAGCUUGGCUGAAAAUGAGGCAGGAGUCCGUCUGCAUGAUAUUCACUGGUGGUCAAAUCUCUGAUUUCUCAUGUGACACAGAAAUGUUGAAGCAAUCUGAAAUAUAUGAGAGGUAUGCCGUGUUUUUCUAUCAUAGGCAUUCUUUUUUGAGGUUGAAAAGGUCAGCACAACUUAUCCAGCAAGCAGUGAGGAGUUGGCUUUGUUGGAGGCCUCAACAAGGAUGUAGUAUAACUCCUAAACUCACGAGUUCAGACAUGGUGACUGCUGCCACAACUGUUCAGAAAUUUAUUCGUGGUUGGCUUGUGAAACGAGAUUUCUUGUUCCAAAGAGAUGCUGUAGUGAAGAUCCAAAGUGUCAGUCGAAGUUUGAAAUACCAAAAAACACUAAUUUGUCAGAAAGAUGCAGCAUUGGAGAUCCAACGCUUAAUCAGGGGGCAUUUAACACGAAAUCGUCUAUUAGGUAGUGCUUCCAAAUUACGUGCAACUAUUACUGUGAGUUGCAUUUCAAGACCAGUUGGCUUACGUAGUUUUCAACUUGAAGCAUUCAUGUCUACAGUAGUGAAAUUGCAACGAUGGUGGAAGGGUCGCAUGUUGGUUAAAUUGAUGAUUAAGUCAGCCAUCAUAAUCCAGUCUUGUACUCGUGGGUGGAUAGCCAGGCGAAAGGCCACUGUUGAGAAACGCCAUAUUGUUGCAAUGGAAGAUCAUAAGUGCCAGGAAUAUGCUGCUUUGCAGCUCCAGUGCUAUAUUAGGGGGCAUUUAACUCGAAAUUGGAUAUUAGGCAGUGCUUCUAAGCUACAUGCAGUUGCUGCUGAAUGCAUUUCAAAACCAGCUGGCUGUUGUAGUUUACAACUGGAACUAUUCUUGUCUCAAGUAGUGAAAUUGCAACGAUGGUGGAAGCAUUUCUUGUUACAUAAAUUGAUGACAAAGUCUGCACUCAUUAUUCAGUCUCACGCUCGUGAGUGGGUAGCCAGGCGAAAGGCCAUUGUUUAUAGACAUCGUAUUAUUGUCAUACAGUCCCAUUGGAAAGGUUAUGUUGCACGUAAAAAAACAACAGAACAACUAAUGGAUUUGCGCUUGAGAAUGCAAGAGUCUUCCAAAAACGUGGAUGACAGCAAACGUCUCAUAAACAGACUCUUGGCAGCGCUUUCAGAGCUACUUAAUAUGAAGAGUCUUAGUGACAUCCUUCAUACUUGUUCAACAUUGGACAUGGCAACAGAACAUUCCCAGAGAUGUUGUGAAGAACUUGUGAGUGCUGGGGCUAUUGACACCUUGUUGCGGCUUAUUCGAUCAAUCAGCAGGAGUAUCCCUGAUCAGGAGGUUUUAAAGCAUGUUUUGUCAACUCUUCGAAAUCUUGCUCGCUAUCCUAAUCUACUAGAAGUGCUGAUACAAAGACAGGGUUCUGUUCAGACAAUCGUCUUGGAGUUACUGAGGAAUAAGGAGGAGGGCUUCUUCAUUGCCUCACAACUUUUGAAGAAGAUAUGCUCAACUCACAAAGGCGUUGAUGCCAUACUCAAAUCCCCUGCCUUACUAAAGCGACUGCACGGUCUUGUUGAGGAGCUUACUAGGAAGGCCACUUACCAGAAAAGAAAGGUUCGGGGUCCAACACCUAGUCCUGUUGUUAUUGUUAAAGAAAACACAGAUAGAAGAUUGAAGGAAGCUGUGGAGAUUUUGAAGCUAGUGACCCACGCCUGAAGUUUUUUUGUCAAGUUCUAAUGCUAUGCGCAAUUCUUGACAUAUGGAAGCAAUUAAGCAUUCGAUCAAUUUUAUUGGCAUUCUUUCCUCAUCUCGUGGAUUCUGGAGGAAAAUUUCUUUCCUUUUUUAAUCUGAAUGUAAUAUUGGUUUUAUAUCUCUCUUGUACAAUAUCUAUUUUCCUACUAACACCCUAAUCCCAAGUUUUUAGUGGGAAAGCUUGUCAUGGUUGGUGAUUAAUCGUUUGAAUGACUGCUUACACAUUACGUCGUUGAAUAUGAAAAUUAAAACAGUUUGUAAGCGUUUCU